UAAAGGCGGCGGCGGCGUUGCCCCGCGCCUAUUGUGGAGCGGCCUCGCUGCGCCGUGCCCUGGUGUGUGUGCAGCGGGACAGCCGGCGCCAUGUACCGCUACCUGGGGGAGCAGCUGGCCGCACGCCUGGCCGGUAGCGCCGUGUUAACGGGCACGGAGCCGGCCGGGCCGGUGGUGGUGGCGGCCGUGUGGGGUGGUGGCCGCUGCCCGAGGCGGCAUUACUGCGAGGCGGCCAACAAGGAGGACGACCCCAACUUCUUCAAGAUGGUGGAGGGCUUCUUCGACCGCGGCGCCAGCAUCGUGGAGGACAAGCUGGUGGAAGGGCUGCGCACCCGAGAGAGCAUGGAGGAGCGGCGGCACCGCGUCCGCGGCAUCCUGCGCAUCAUCAAACCCUGCAACCACGUGCUCAGCGUCUCCUUCCCCAUCAAACGCGACAACGGCGAGUGGGAAGUGAUCGAGGGCUACCGGGCACAGCACAGCCAGCACCGCACCCCCUGCAAGGGAGGUAUUCGUUACAGUUUGGAUGUUAGUGUGGAUGAAGUGAAAGCCUUAGCAUCUCUAAUGACGUACAAAUGUGCUGUGGUUGAUGUGCCAUUUGGUGGAGCAAAGGCUGGUGUGAAGAUCAAUCCCAAGAACUACACAGACAAUGAGUUGGAAAAGAUCACAAGAAGGUUUACCAUGGAGCUGGCAAAAAAAGGUUUCAUUGGUCCUGGAGUUGAUGUGCCUGCUCCUGAUAUGAGCACAGGGGAGAGGGAGAUGUCCUGGAUUGCUGACACAUAUGCCAGUACAAUAGGACACUAUGAUAUUAAUGCACAUGCAUGUGUAACUGGUAAGCCUAUCAGCCAGGGUGGGAUCCACGGACGGAUAUCUGCAACCGGUCGUGGUCUCUUCCACGGAAUUGAAAAUUUCAUCAAUGAAGCAUCAUACAUGAGUAUAUUAGGAAUGACUCCCGGAUUUGGAGACAAAACAUUUGCUGUUCAGGGAUUUGGUAACGUGGGCUUACAUUCUAUGAGAUACUUGCACCGUUUUGGAGCUAAAUGUGUCGCUGUUGGAGAAUUUAAUGGUUCUAUCUGGAAUCCUGAUGGAAUUGACCCAAAGGAACUAGAAGAUUACAAAUUGCAACAUGGGACAAUCAUGGGCUUCCCUAAGGCACAGAAGCUGGAGGGCAGUAUUCUGGAAACAGACUGUGACAUUCUCAUCCCUGCUGCAAGUGAAAAGCAGUUGACUAAGGCCAACGCUCACAAGGUCAAAGCAAAAAUUAUUGCUGAAGGUGCCAAUGGACCUACAACUCCUGAAGCUGACAAAAUCUUCUUGGAGAGGAAUAUCAUGGUUAUUCCUGAUCUUUACCUGAAUGCAGGUGGUGUAACAGUAUCCUAUUUUGAGUGGCUGAAAAACUUGAACCACGUCAGCUACGGCCGCUUGACUUUUAAAUAUGAAAGGGAUUCAAACUACCACUUGCUCAUGUCUGUACAGGAAAGCUUGGAGAGAAAAUUUGGGAAACAUGGUGGAACUAUUCCAGUUGUGCCUACAGCAGAAUUUCAAGAUAGGAUAUCAGGUGCAUCUGAGAAGGAUAUUGUCCACUCUGGGUUGGCUUAUACAAUGGAGCGCUCUGCUCGACAAAUCAUGCGUACUGCCAUGAAGUACAACCUGGGUCUGGACCUGAGAACAGCUGCCUAUGUCAAUGCAAUCGAGAAAGUCUUCAAAGUAUACAACGAGGCUGGCCUAACCUUUACAUAAGCAGGCCGACACUGCUCCUCGUUGUAUCCCAUCCCUCUUGCCGUAAAUGUACCCUCUUCUUGGAAAAGCUUAUCACAAGUUUACAUGUAACCACAAAAAUUUCUUUUCUUCUGACAUUAUAGUGGAUUCUAUUCUCAGUUAGUUUCAGUCCAGACUAGUCUUUUUCUACAAUAAAAGUCCAUGGCUUAGGAAUACAAGCAUGUAUCUGAAGAUAACAGUUCAUCAGCACUUGUGGGGGACGUCCUGGGUAUUUCACCUACAAAACAUAAUGGUACAUUUUAUGUAUGAAAGAGUGGUCUUGCCACCUGAGCCACUUCUCAGACUUCAGAUCAGAUACUGUACUGGAUGAGCACUUAGCUCAUUAUUACUUCAUGCACUUUUGUUUAAUGAUAUAAUUUUGGCUUUGGCACUUUCAGUAAGGCCUUGUAUGAUCAAUGCUGUGGCAUUGUCAAAGGAAGAAUGGGCCUCCAGCAGGGAUUAACUUCGAUAGGAGUCUAAUUUUUUUUUGUAGUAAAGCUUCAGGCCUGAUUCUCUCUAGGCAAUGUUUAUUUCUUUAACUGCUGCUGUUAUAGGACUGUGCUCUAUUGCUUGUUCAAGUUAGCUCGGCUACCACCACGAACUAUGUAGAGUUGACAAAACUAAUAUUUUUAUAAGCUGAAACUAUCGAGCAAUUAUAGUUACAUUUUUAAAUCAAACAUCUGUGUAAUUAUUCUGACUUCAGAUUGUCUUUUUCUUUUUCUUCUUGUAAAGAAAAGGGAUAGUCUGACUUUGCUAAGUAAUCAUAACCUGUUUUUAACAUUCUUUGUCAGUCUUUUCCUCCCAGAGGCUUUUUCAAAAUUAGAUGCCGCCUCAGUGAACAACUACAGUGAAAUACAGCCCAGAAAUCAUUGGCCAAACAACAGAGGAGCUACAGUGCUGCUGUAAACUUCAUCCACUGUCUUAAUGCAGAGCUCCUUCUUUUUCUUCAUUUUUUGUUUUUUCCAUCAGAAGGUCGUGACAGUUUUGAAUAUAAUCAAAUACAACAGAAUGGACCUCAACACAAUACUGGAUCAAGCACAGUUUAUAAAGUCUAAGGCUUUUGUCCAGCCGAGUCCCCUUGAAGUGCCAGUUGUUAUUUAUGUAAUGAAUAUGAGUGUUUUUUUCUAAAAGACAACUAGUCCCUCCCAGAAACUUAUGGUUUUUUUCUAUCUACUUUGUAACUGCAUAACAUAACCUGGAGAGAAGAGCAGUUAUUAAAAAAAAAUUGACCUUUCCAAACCAAA